ACAACAAUCACCACUGUCUUAGCAACAGCCCGACUUACAGGACCACAUUCAUAACAUGAGUGAUUCUCAAGAAGAAAUGAGAAUCGAUCCUUCAAGGGCUCAGGCACUUGUUUCUCAGCUCAAGUCUGUCAAAGAGCGUAUUGCUGCCGUAGCAGACGGUCGAAAUGUCCGACUUGUUGCUGUCUCAAAGCUCAAGCCCGUAAAUGACAUUCUAGCACUUCAUCAGGCUCCUACUUCCCAUACUCACUUUGGUGAGAACUAUUCUCAAGAGUUGACUCAAAAAGCAGCUUUGCUCCCGAAAACUAUCCAGUGGCAUUUUAUCGGUGGUCUCCAGUCUAACCAUUGCAAGUCCCUGGGAAAGAUCCCAAAUCUCUUCUGUGUCUCAAGCAUAGAUACCUCCAAAAAGGCCCAGCUCCUCAACACUGCCCGCACAAAUCUUCUUUCUUCACAGCCUGAUCUUGAUAAGAUUGGUGUCCAUGUGCAAGUCAACACAUCCGGAGAGGAAGCCAAGUCUGGCUGUGCCCCCGGUGAAGAGACCGUUGCUCUAUGCCGUGAAGUCAUCGAGAAAUGCCCCAGCCUCCGUUUUCUCGGUCUCAUGACCAUCGGGGCUAUUGCUCGCAGCAAAGCCACGACCGCUGAGACUGAAAACGAGGACUUUGUUGCUCUCAAGGAGCAGCUAGAUCUUGUGGCUAAGGAGCUGAAUUUGGAUAAGGAUAGCCUGGAGUUGAGCAUGGGUAUGAGUGAGGAUUUUGAAGGUGCAAUUCGCCUGGGAAGUAGUGAGGUUCGUGUUGGCAGCACUAUUUUCGGGCAGAGGCCAGCUAAAGCAGAUGCAAAGAUCAAGGAGUAAACAGUGAGUUAACACAAAAUUUAACUCUUAUUGAAGCCUGCUUUCUUCAAGUUGAUGGGGUUCUCUAAUGCCUGACCUGCUCUAUCGUCUUCACCGCUUGAUUACAUGUUUCUUUGCAUCAUUUUCAUUCAAUUUACAAUGAGAGAUCGUGGUAUGUAGUAACUGCAUCCUCCUUGAUCAGAUGAUCACUCCGCACAGCUUUCAUCGCCUUGUGCGGUAAAGAGGGACUAUACAAGGAGGAUAGACGCAGGCAACUUUUCAGCCAAUAAACGGUUGGCUUUAAUUGAGCGCUUCCUCCGGUUUCAUGCUAGUUCCCCAACGCCCAUAUGCUUCUGUGGUAUUAGAACAACUCCUGCCCGGCGAAUAUAUAGAAGAUAAACAUCAUGUUCUCCCAUCAAGUCACCAUUACAUUACGGAAAGAAUCCGAAAUCUGCU